AUGCUCCAGCAACGACAACAACAUCGAUUUCCACCAAUUACAAAACAGCCUCGUUUUACACUUUUGAAAGAUGUUACACAACAACCAUAUCAAAUUGGUAUGGUUCGAUAUUAUCCUAAUAAGAGUAAAAACACUCUAAAAAAUAAUACUGGAACAGAUAAUGAUGAUAGUGAUUAUGAUGUUCCAGAUCCAGGUGGUGAAGUAGUUGAAAGAAAUAGAAAAGAUCGUGAACAACGUACGGCUGAUUAUACAAAAGAAGAACUUGAUAAAGUUCUUAAACGUGUUGAUCAUGCUUUGAAUAAUUAUGAAUAUUCUGUUCAAGCAUCUCUACUUCAACAUGGCAUGACACGUGAUGAGUUGACUAGUAUUGAACAUGUCGCUGAUGUUCAAGAAUUAGAAAAUUUAUUAAAUGAUAGUCUUGCCAAACAACGAUAUAAACAACGUUUAAUGGUUUUUAUUGUUGGACAAACAGAACAAGCAAGUGAAAAAGCUGCACUACUUCAACAAAUUGGACAGUUUUUUGUUGAACAAAAACAAAAUUUUAGCGGUGCUGAAUUUACUGAGUGUGAUGAUUCAGGUGAAACCAUUGAUGAAGUUGAAACAACACUCAAAUCAUUCGAUGUUAAAGAUUGUUAUCUCCAUGUUAAAGCAUUAGGAAAUAGAAUUAAUGAACUUAAUGAAGAAAUUAUUCAAUUUUUAAUACAAAAUACUGGAACAAAACAAACAAAAGUUAUGGUCGAGAGAGGAAAACGGAAAUUAGCUCAAGUGACCAAGGAAGCGAAAGAACAAUUAGCAGACCUUCAAUCAAAACUAGAAAUGGUGAAUACAGAAAUGAUGGGAAAAGAAGAGAAAAUUCAAACAUUAGAAAAAGAUAUUGAAACAGUACGUGUUGAAGUUAAAACAAGCCAAGAAAGUCAAAAAAAAAUACAAGAUGAUUUUAGAAGACGUGAAGCUGAAGUUAAAUUUUACAAACGAAAAAAUAAUGCAUUUGAAGAAGUUGUUAGCCGAUAUAGAAUUCAAUUUGGAGAUAUACCUGGUAUCGGUAUUUUAACAGCUACAACUCAAUCAGAAACAGAAGAUGGUGAUGAUACAUCAAGAAUGAAUUUGGAAACAAUUGAUGAAACUGAAAGUAAACAUGAAAAAGAAAGUAUUUCAAGCCAUGCAGGUAAAGAAUCAGUCCAACCAGGCAUAGGUCCUUCGACUACAACUGAACCAACCACAAAUAAUUUAACAAAACCAUUACCAAUAACAACUACUGGUCCGCAAACGGCAGCAGACAAAGCUGAAAAAGCUAAACGAAAAUCAAUUCGUUCAAAAAAAGAAGCAACAAAUCAAAGUGCUGCCGAAGAUCUAAGUGAAACAUAUCGUCGUAGUCAAGAAUUACUUGAAUCAUUAUUAGCUGAUAAAAGUGACACCGCUCCUGAUCUUAAUUCAUUAUUUAAACCAACACGUGGUAUCGAUUUAAAUAAUGUAACUAUUGACAAUUUACCAACAGCAUUUACCAAUCUACGAAGAUUUGAACAAAAUGCAUUAGCUGAAAAAGCAGAUAAUGCACAUAAAUUACAAUUAAAAGCGCAAAAGACAGCCGAAGAAGCAUUGAGUCAUUUAGAAUUAUUUAUGGUCGAACAAGAAAAAUUGGAUCAACAAGACGUUGCUCGCCAAACCGAUCUUGUUCAUCGCCAUUCCGUUGUUGUUAAUAAUAUGACUGGUGCUAAUAUAACUCCACCAGAUCAUACUGAUCUCAUUGAAAAUACAACGAAUGAUCGUUUAUCACCUAAUCCAAAGCGUGUAUCAUCAUCAAAAAAUCAAUGGCAAAAAUUAUCUGGUAUCGGUAGUGGAUCACCAAAACCAGAAGGAGCUGAUGACACAAAAUCAAUUAUGAAUGAAACAGUACAAACAUUACAACGUUUAUCUAGCUUUCAUAAAUCAUCGCCACCUAAACAAACACAACGAACAGAUUCCAUCGAACAACGACAACAAUCACCUUCAACACCAUUAUUACGUCAUACAACACAAGAGUUAUUACGUAAAAAAUCUUCUCUUGAACAACAUCAACAACCACAGCAAGAUCGUUCAACAUCAUCAUCACGUCGUAUAAGUGCAGCUAUGAAUGAUGAUUUAAUUCCAUUAUCAAAAGUAAUCACACCGCAUCCAUUUGAUCGUACGCCAUCAAUGCCUUCACGUCCAUUAACCCGAUCAAAUUCAAUGAAUCCAGCAAACAAAGAUCAUGAAAAAUUUUCUAGUGGUGAACGAUCUUAUUAUGCAUCUGCUGUACAAUCACGUCGAGUAUCAAUAGGUUUGAAUCGUUCACCUGUACGAGCUGAAGAACUUGAACGAGUGCUUACUGAGCUUGUUAGUGAAGAAAUUGAAGCAUUAGAAGAUUUUCGACGAACAUCAGUUAAAAGUCGUACAUCAUUACGAGAAAAAUAUAUGUCUUUAUUAGAAGAAAAAAAACAUCAACUAGAUGAUCUUAAACAACAAGCUGAUAUUACUUUAUCACGACCAACGACAUCAACAAAAGAAAGAAGACCAUUUGAUUCACUAGAAAAUAGUACAGGUCUUGUCAAACAACAAUCAACAGCUUCUCAAUUGGAUAGUAGUGGUCCUGGUGAACCUACUAGUAAGAAAGAAAAUCGAACAAUUUUAAUAAAACAUGAUCAACAACAACAAACAUCACUUAAUAGUUCUCGACUAUCGUCUGCUCACAAAGAAAAACCAAAUAUCUCUCCACCACAAGUCAUACAUACUGAUCAAUUUAGAGUUCCAUUUUUUCAUUUAUAUGAAACAAUCUACAAAUUUCGUCACUCAAUAAUUAAUUUACUUGAACAAAAUAAAUUUCUCUCACUUGCUGAUCGUCUUGAUAUGAUUAAGCAAUUAUCAACAUCUGAUAACAAUUUAACUAAUGAUUUUGUUGAUAAUUCUGAACGUGUACUUAAAGAUACAGUUAAAGUUUUGCAAACAUGCAUGACCACAUUAAUAUUAACAAACAAUGAAAAUGAAAAUGAAAGUAAACAAAAAGAAUCGUCAUCUGAACAAUCUGCAACAACAAUGCAAACUUCAACAGUUAAUAAUGAUCAAUCAUCAAUUGUUCAACAAAAAGAAUCUAUUAUUGAUGAUUUAAAUAAUAAAUAUCAACAUAUAUCACAAGUACUUGAUCAAACUAAUAAAAAACAUAAUGAUGAAAUUAUACAAAAUGAACGUAUUAUUACUGAUCAACAAAAAUUAAUUCAAAAUCUUCAACGUGAAUUAAUGCGCCUUCAAAAACGUUUAUCGAAAGUGGAAGCUGAUGGCAUUGUUCAGCCAAGUAUUAUGUUUACUCGUCUUGAUGCUGAACGUAAUGAGAAAACACUUAAACAAGCUGUUGAUAAAGGAAAACUAUCCGAAACAACAAUGAAUGAAAUAAGUGGAACGAUGGAAGAUUAUGUUCGUUUACCGACUCAACAAUUUAGCAACAUCGUUAAACGAUAUAUUCAACAUCGAAAAGCAACUGAACUUGAAGAUCGUAUUCAAAGUGAAACAUUUGAUAAUGAAGCAAAAAGUGUUAUGGAAAGAAUGGGAUCCUUUUAUGAACGACGCUCAGGAAAAUUAAGCGAACGCAUAUCAAGUAUUCGUCAACAUCGUACAACAUUAGCACGAACAUUAACAGAAAAAUUCGAUGAUCUUGAACAUGAAAGUAGUAUAUUUUUAAUUCGUCCAGUUUAUUCCUACCAAGGACGAACUGCUGUUCAAUCCUAUAUGGAAAAUGAAAAACGACGACAAGAAUCAUUUUUAAAAGGAAAUGAUAAAAAGAAAAAAUCUCAGCGUAGUCGAUUAUCAGAAUCUACAAGUGAUCAACGAACUAAUAAUAAUAGUCGAGAAAUGAUAACAGCAUUAUCAUCGACAAGUACAUCCGAUGAAGAAGAAAGAUUAUUUAACAUCGAUAAAAGUUUUUCUCUACUAAGACCAACACCAGCUAGUCAACAAUCAUCUCAACAUGCUGAAUUAGCUGGUGGAAAUGUUAAUACAGAUACUAAACCAAAGCAAACACAAUUAGGCGAAAUGCCACGUUUACAAGAAUUUGAUAUUCAACGUACACUAAUGCCAAUGUCUCAUGCUAGUGUACCGUUAGCAUCAGCUAAUACAAAUAAUGGAACUGAUCCAUCUGUACCAUCAGUUAAUUUACGUUCUUAUGUAACAUUAUCACGACCCGGUAUCGGUGGAACUGUUCAAAAUGGAAAAACAAAUGAUACUAUACAUCCCGUUUCAAGAACUGAUUUAUCUACUUUAUCAGUAACAAGUCAAUUAACAAAUCCUCGAACACCAUUCAAUUCAACUGUUGGUGAUUUAAGACGAACAAGUCCUCCUUUACCACCAAUAAAACGAUCAUUGACGACAAGUGGAUCACCAACGAUUGAUGAAAAACGCGGUGAGGAAUUUAUUCCAUCGGUUAGUACUAAUGAAUUUGCUUCAAAUGAUCAUACGACAACAGACGAUAAAAGUGGAGAGAAAUAA